UGUCCUGGAUAGUGUGAGGGGAGGUCAAGGGUCAGCCACUACACCACACUCAUCAUGGCUGAGAGAGAUAGUUUAGUCUCACAAUUUACUGCUGUGUCUGGUGUUGAUUCUGAACGGGCUAUAUUUUUCUUAGAGUCUGCUGCUUGGAAUUUAGAGUCGGCACUGAGCAGUUUCUACGAGGAGGGUGAUGAUGUAGCGCCCGCUGGGGAGCCACUAGGUGAUAGACCCGAGGCUGAAGGAGCGCCCAGUACACCCCAGAGGCCGUCCUCACAACCUACACAGUUACAGAAGGCCAUAAUUAACAUGAUGGAUAGAGACGGCGAGAGCAGCAGCGAGGAGGAUGGCCAAGCUUUCUAUGCCGGGGGGUCGGAGCAUUCUGGCCAACAGGUCCUUGGGCCCCCUAAGAAGAAGGCCGAUAUGGUUGCCAAGCUGUUCAAAUCGGCCAAAGAACACGGAGCGGAAGUCCUGGAAAGCGGAAAGGAAGGGAAGAAACAAAAGAAAAUUACCUUUGGCGGAACGGGUUAUCGCCUCGGUGGCUCAUACAUAACAGGGUCUCAAUUAUUUCUCUUAACGACCCUCCACACAACAGGGUCUCAAUUAUUUCUCUUAACGACCCUCCACACAACAGGGUCUCAAUUAUUUCUUUUAACGACCCUCCACACAGUUAUCCCAGACACAUCGAAGAAGGAGGAACGGCCUCGUGACGUCGCUCUCAAGAUGUGGAGGACCGGGUUUACCGUGGACGAUGGGCCACUACGAACAUAUGAAGACGCGACCAAUGCUGAAUUUCUCAACUCUAUAAAGCGUAGUGAGGUACCCCUAGAGCUGAUCAGGGAAGCGAGGGGGGGCGAGGUUUACAUCAACAUGGCCGACCACCGACACGAGGAUUAUGUCCAGUCGAGAUCGUCUCUGAGGGCCUUCUCCGGCUCGGGUCAUACUCUAGGCAGCCUAGCCCCAAUGGUAGUCGGACAAGAGACGGAGCCCCUAGGAGCCGUGGGAGGAGCGAGCGUCAACACCACUCUGAUCGCCUCCACUUCGAAGGACCCCAAGGCACUAGAGAACGCAGCCCAGGCCAAGCUCAACGUUAAUACCAGCGCCCCCGUCACUAACAUACAGGUGCGUUUGCCCGACGGAUCUCGCCUCGUCCUCAAAGUCAACCACUCUCACACCAUCAGGGACAUUCGGCAGUUCAUCUCGGCCGCUCGACCCGCCAUACAGUCAACGGAAUUCGCCCUCAUGACGACCUUCCCGUACGCCGAGCUGACGGACGUUUCUCAGACCGUAGAGGAGGGGAAACUCUUAAAUUCGGCCCUGGUCGUUAAAACCAAAUAAUUCCCGGUAGUUAUUAAGCUCGACGAGGCAGUUACCCGGGACCGGUAUUGCGUAGUUUCUGACGUUUCGAUACUUUGUCCGAGUUAUUGAUAUUUUUGGGGAAGUACCGUGAAUGCAAAGUAAUUAACCAAAAGUAUCGAUAACUUGUAAAUAAUGCUGAUAUAUAUAUAUGCUUUUCAAUAAGGUAUCGAGGUAUUAAUCCCAACCGAUACCACAUUGUAAGGUAUCGGCAUUGUUGAAAAUACCGAUAUCGGUCAAUUCUCGGUAAAAUACCAAAAUAUGAUAAAGUUAACAUUGUGAUUCUAGUAUAAAUUCUAACAUUGUCAUCCCGAUAUAAAUUCUAAUAUGAUCCCAGUAUAAAUUCCAUCAAUAUGCUCCUGGGAUAAAUGCCAUUAAUAUGCUCCUGGGAUAAAUGCCAUCAAUAUGCUCCUGGGAUAAAUUCUAACAAAUAAUGGAAUUUACUCAAUGCUCCAGCUUAUCUUAAGGAACUAUUACUCAAUUUACCUCUGUCUUUAUGUAUUUAGGACGAUCAAUUACUGGAAGGUCUUAGAAAAUACCUUAUUACAGGUGUGCUUUUGUUAUUAAUUGAAUUUACCUGAAGAAAUGACACCUGAGUUUAUUUUACCUGAUUAACUAACUAACCUAACACUACCCUAACCUAACCAAUCCUAGUACUAACCUAACCUCAGUUAAAUAGCACCUGGUUAGUUAAUAAUCAGGUGGAAUAAUCCUCAAUGGUGGAAAAUUUCAACAUCGGGCAAUUCGAAUUAUUUUACCCUGAAUCCCGACGGUAACAUUCAUGGCAACGAUAACAUAAAUAAUGAUAUAUUCUUCCGUUAUAUAGGAAAGCUACGAUUACUUUGUGUUGUUUGUUUUUUUUUGCACACGGCGUUUAUUGUUUUUUCUUGUAUGUGUUUAGGCUCGGAUAUUUGCAAUGUAAUCGAGAUAUGUUGGAAUUGGUAGAAAUACACUGAAAAUUUUGUUAA